ACCACAACACAGCCACGUUCUACCUCCGCAGCUUCUGGUCUUUGAUCCCAUCUCUCAUCCUUCCUCUCCUCUCCGUUGACAGGUAGAUUUCCAGAAGCAAAUAAAAUAAAAUAAAAAUAAUAAGAAAUUCCAGAUUUUUUCAGAGGCUUUCAGAUUCUCAGAUGCUCCUCAGCGUGUAUAAAUAGUAGGGAUUUCCGACAGCUUCCUACUCUCUCUCAAACGGAAGAAAUCGGAAAGAAAUCCUUUGAAAUAUAGGGAUUUUGCUGCGGAGACGGGAAUUCCGGCCUUUUCAGAGCUUUUCGCGCUUCUGGAGGGCAGGAGCACGAAUGUUCCAGAGAUCGUAGGGUUUUCCUGGCGAGAACUGGAAUUCUUCUGAUAUUUUGGGGUUUAGAGGCUCUUCUGAGCGGUGGAGAUUCGAAGAUUUCGAAGAUUUUAGGGUUUUUUCUCGGCGAAAAUCGAAUUCCUUUCUGUUUGUUUAUUUUUUUAGUGUUUGGAGUUGGAAAUGGGAGGUUAUCGUGGUUUUGAGCUGUAGAAAUUCGAAGAUUCAUCGAAGUCUGCAGCUUUUGCUACGUAAACCGGAGAUUUUACAGAUCUGUAACGGAUUCGAGGGCUGUAGGUAGAGAUUUUGGAGUUUUUUCGCUUUUUGGAGCAGAAAAUUGGUGGAUUUCGAUAUCUCUGGUGGGUUGUGAGGGAAAAAGCAGGUCUGAGCUGUCGAAUUCUGGAAAUUCGAGAGAGUCUGUAUUUGGAGAAGUAAAACGGGGAUCAAGAUAUUACUUGGAUUUUCGAGUAGAUUUUUUUUUUUUUUUUUUUGAUCAGUUCUGCUGAUUUUUGGUUUUGGCUUCAAAAUCCAAGGUCUUUUGAGAUCUCUGAUACUUUCGAGUCUGAAACCUGUUGGAAUUGAGAUCAGAGGUGACUUUUGUUCCGGAAACACAAAUCGGAGCUACCUGAAGUUGAUAAGCAGCGACUUUUAGCUAAUUUUGAGCUUUUUGGAUGAGCUUCAGCUGUUAUCGGUGACGGGAGUGAGGAUUGGGUGGCCGAUACUUUUGCAGCAAGCUGUGCAGCUGUCAGAGAGCGGAGUGAUAGGAUUAGCUCUCUAUACUUUCCCACUUUUGUAGUUGGGGAAUCAUAUUACCUUGUCCAUCGGUAUUUUUCUGGAUAUGAGGAUCCAGUCAAUGAGCCAGAUUGCAGUACUGUUUUCCGAAUGUAUUGAUGUAAGGAUUUCAUAGAUAUUUCGACUUCUUGAUAUGAUCUUCAAAUUCGCCAUUGCUGAAUUGUUGGUCAUAAUUCUCAGAUCUUCAACAGGCUAGUCAGUCAACCGGUAGUAAGAGUAUCAUUCAUCAUAAGAAGAUGAAAGGUGCCGCGCUUAUUGCAAUAGCUGCUUCAAUUGGUAACUUGUUGCAAGGAUGGGAUAAUGCUACAAUAGCAGGGGCUGUCCUUUAUAUAAAGAAGGAAUUUAAACUGGAAAGUGAGCCUACUAUAGAAGGAUUAAUUGUCGCCAUGUCACUUAUUGGAGCAACGGUUAUUACAACUUGCUCUGGGCCGAUAUCGGAUUGGCUUGGCCGGCGCCCUAUGCUUAUAAUCUCUUCAGUUCUCUACUUCAUUAGUGGUCUGGUGAUGAUUUGGUCUCCCAAUGUUUAUGUGCUCCUCUUGGCAAGGCUUAUAGAUGGAUUUGGAAUUGGUUUGGCUGUGACACUUGUUCCUGUUUACAUAUCUGAGACGGCCCCAUCUGAUAUAAGAGGAUUGUUGAAUACCCUUCCGCAGUUCAGUGGUUCUGGUGGAAUGUUUCUUUCAUACUGUAUGGUUUUUGGGAUGUCAUUGAUGGACUCACCGAGCUGGAGAUUGAUGCUUGGAGUUCUCUCUAUUCCCUCUCUUCUAUACUUUUUCUUAACAAUAUUCUUUUUGCCGGAGUCCCCAAGGUGGCUUGUAAGUAAAGGGCGGAUGCUGGAGGCAAAACAGGUUUUGCAGAGGCUGCGGGGCAGGGAAGAUGUCUCAGGGGAAAUGGCUUUGUUGGUUGAGGGCCUGGGAGUUGGGGGUGAAACAUCUAUUGAAGAGUACAUAAUUGGCCCAGCCAAUGAUCUGGCUGAUGACCAGGACCCAACUGCUGAGAAGGACAAGAUCAUGCUUUAUGGUCCUGAAGAAGGCCUCUCCUGGGUUGCAAGACCCGUCACUGGACAAAGUACUCUUGGUCUUGUGUCCCGCCAUGGAAGUAUGGAAAGUCAGAAUGUGCCCCUUAUGGAUCCAAUGGUCACCCUCUUUGGUAGCGUCCACGAGAAGCUCCCUGAGAUGGGAAGCAUGCGAAGCACACUCUUUCCGAACUUUGGCAGCAUGUUCAGCAUGGCAGGGCAGCCCACCAAAAAUGAAGAGUGGGAUGAGGAGAGUCUCCCGAGAGAGGGUGAGGACUAUGCAUCUGACGCUGCGGGAGAUGAUUCCGAUGACAACUUGCAGAGCCCCCUACUCUCACGGCAAACAACGAGCAUGGAGAAGGAUAUGGUCCCACCGUCGCAGGCAGCUCAUGGGAGUGUAUUGAGCAUGAGACGCCACAGCAGUCUCAUGCAAGGGAAUGCUGGGGAGGCAGUUAGCAGUACAGGUAUUGGUGGUGGGUGGCAGCUGGCAUGGAAAUGGUCUGAGAGAGAAGGGGAAGAUGGGAAGAAGGAAGGAGGGUUUAAGAGAAUUUAUUUGCACCAGGAGGGUGUCCCUGGGUCCCGCCGUGGGUCUAUCGUUUCGCUUCCUGGGGGUGAUGUCCCUGUAGAGGGUGAGUUCAUCCAGGCUGCUGCUUUGGUGAGCCAGCCUGCAUUAUACUCCAAGGAGCUCAUGGAGCAACAUCCAGUCGGACCCGCUAUGGUCCACCCAUCUGAAACCAUCAAAGGGCCAAGUUGGGCCAGUCUUUUGGAACCAGGAGUGAAGCAUGCAUUGAUCGUUGGGAUUGGGAUUCAAAUUCUUGAGCAGUUUGCUGGCAUAAAUGGUGUUCUUUACUACACCCCUCAAAUUCUUGAGCAAGCAGGUGUUGAAGUUCUUCUUGCAAACUUCGGUAUCAGUUCAGAUUCGUCGUCGCUCCUUAUCAGUGCUGUCACGACCUUGUUGAUGCUUCCUUGUAUAGCUGUUGCCAUGAGGCUCAUGGAUGUCUCUGGUAGAAGGCGGCUGCUGCUCACCACAAUCCCCGUCUUGAUAGUUACACUGAUCAUAUUAGUCAUAUCCAACCUUGUGACCAUGAACUCUGUUGUGCAUGCUAUACUUUCCACAGUCAGUGUUGUAGUCUACUUCUGCUGCUUCGUCAUGGGCUUCGGACCAAUCCCCAACAUCCUCUGCUCAGAGAUCUUCCCCACUCGCGUCCGAGGCAUCUGCAUUGCCAUCUGUGCCCUUACAAUGUGGAUCGGGGACAUCAUUGUCACUUACACGUUACCCGUCAUGCUCACUUCAAUCGGGCUCGCUGGCGUUUUCGGAAUCUAUGCUGCUGUAUGUGUCAUCGCUUGGGUGUUUGUGUUCUUGAAGGUUCCGGAAACUAAGGGCAUGCCCCUCGAAGUCAUCUCUGAGUUCUUCUCCGUCGGUGCAAAGGCAGCCCGAAACUGAUGCAAAAUGUAUGAGAAUAGUUGGAGUUGUAUUAUGGCGGCUAAAUAGCUUUGGGAAGUGUUUGGAAUUUCAAGGUUGGUGAGGUUUGAAAGGGAGGUUAGCUGAAGAAGCUGUGGGAUUAAAGAGUUUCAAUUGAGAGAUUGUUCUUUUUCUUUGAGGUGUUUGAAAGCAGAGAACUUCCAUUUCGUAUCAGUCUUUUGGUUUUGGCUCACCUCUUUCACUUUUUUUUUUUUUUUUUUUUGAAGGAUCCUCUCUUUUACUAUUUCUGUGGGUAAGUACCAAUUACAUGAUACUCUUGGGACUUUGGUGGUUUGUGGGACCAUGCUAAUGUGUGGCUGUCCACUAUACACACGGCAUACGUGCACUCCAAUGUAGAUUGUUGAAAUUAUGGGCCCUGGUUGACUGUUCUUUUUUCA